AUGACAUCCCUCCUGUGCUCGCUGUUCUUGUCCACCCUAACUGUCUCAUCUCAACUAAGUUUGGAUGAUGUUUUCUUCAGUCCUCAAGAUCAGACAGCACAUGAAGGAGCGACAGUUUUCUUUCCCUGUGUGUCUGGAGAGAGCUCGCCUGCGGCCAGCAUCAGCUGGCUCAAAGAUGGAAAACCCGUCACAAGAGGAAGACAAAUUCAGGGUGAAUAUGGGGGCGGCAGUCAGAGGAAGACGUCUGGGACUCUACAUCUUUACAACAUAACGCUUAAUGAUGACGGAACAUACACUUGCAUCACUUUCAACCCUGCACUUGGCACCAGCAAAAGGAGCAGAUCGGCUAAACUCACGGUGCAAGGAGUCCAACGAAAGCUGCAAAUUAUUCGCGGCCCUGACAACAUCACCGUUGCUACGGGAGACGGGGCAUCCAUGCACUGUGCUGUCGAUGGCUUUCCUGUUCCCAUGGUGCACUGGUUCAAAGACGAUGGCCUCCUGACAAACGGCUCGGUCCCGUUGAAGCUCCAGAACAAUGGGCAGCUGCUCACAUUCAGACAUGAACUGGAGUUUUUUGAAGCAGCCACUCCUCCUUCAGUGCGUUUGAGGCCCCAGGUGCUCACUGUACCAGUAGGGGCAAGUGUGGAGCUCCAAUGUCAGGCCUCUGGUUCUCCUCCACCGUCCAUCAACUGGUUCAAGAAUGGCCACUCCAAACAAACAGGCGGUUUCAGGAUUCCAGCUACGAUGAAAACACUGAGGCUGUUGCAGAGCACCAUCUUCUUACCACAACUCGCCAAACCCAACAAAAGCAAACCCCAUGUAUUUCCUCGGACUGCUCUGGGAUGA